AUGGCCGUUAAGGGUUUGGGUCAACCUGACCAAAAAUACAAUGGUUCCGGCCUUAAGGUGGGUAUUGUUCAUGCCAGAUGGAAUAGACAAGUCAUCGAUGCACUUGUAAAAGGUGCAAUCGAUAAAAUGGUAAGGUUGGGUGUAAAGGAAGAAGACAUUUUUGUUGAAACCGUUCCUGGCUCAUUCGAACUUCCCUAUGGAGCUAAAAAACUAAGCGAAAAACACCAAUUUGAUGUGGUCAUUCCUAUCGGUGUCCUGAUCAAAGGAAGUACCAUGCAUUUUGAGUACAUUUCAGAUGCUACAACGCAAGCAUUGAUGCGUCUACAGGAUUCGAUCAACAUCCCGGUGAUUUUCGGUCUGCUAACUUGUUUGACGGAAGAGCAAGCAUUGGCAAGAGCUGGUCUAGACGAGGCCAAAUCCAUGCACAACCACGGUGAGGACUGGGGUGCAGCAGCCGUUGAAAUGGCUUCCAAGUUCUGA